GUAUUUUGAAAUACUAAACAAGUAAAGGUGAACAAAAUAGAGCAAGCAUUUCUUACAUUCUCUCUCUCCCAAGUGUCCCAAAGGCAGAGUACCCUAAACUGUGCUUAUAUAUAUACUACUCAUAUGUCAUUACUUGUCCAUUGUGUCCACUUCUUUGAGAAACUAGCAACAACCAAAGUUUAGUUCUGUUUCUACUCUUGAGCAAUGAUGCAAAAAAUUGUCAUAAGAGUACAUCAUAACUGCAAGAAAUGUCAAUCAAAAGCCUUGAUGAUUGCUGCUAUGUCAACUGGAGUCAACUCGGUGGCACUAGAAGGGGAGAAGAAAGAUAAAGUCGUGAUAAUAGGAGAAGCAGUAGAUGCAGCAGGCAUUACCAGUUUAUUGAGGAAGAAGGUAGGCCACGCCAGCCUGGAGCUUGUCGAUGAAGUCAAGUGA